ACUGUCUACGUUGUAGAACACAAAAUUAUUAUAAUUUUGAUUUUAUUUAAUUUAGUUUUUAAAAAAAAUGGCAGUCAACGUAUACGCCACAAAUGGCUCAACCAAAAAUAUUUCGCGUACCGAAUUGUUGGCUUGGGUGAAUAAGACCAUGCAGUCACAGUUUCUAAAAGUCGAAGAGCUCUGCACUGGUGCAGCCUAUUGCCAAUUCAUGGAUAUGCUCUUUCCAUAUUCGAUAUCAAUGAAGCGCAUUAAGUUUUCAGCUAAUCAAGAGUUUGAAUAUAUUCAUAAUUUUAAGCUAUUGCAGCUGAGCUUUUCCAAAAUGGGUGUGAAGAAGAAUGUAGCAGUUGAGCGUUUGAUAAAGGGACACUAUUUGGAUAAUUUUGAAUUUUUGCAAUGGUUUCACAAGUUUUUUAACGCCAACUAUAAGCACAGGCCGUAUGAUGCACUGAGUGCUCGCGAUGGUUAUUUCAUGGGCGUGGGACCAAGCAGCAUUGCGGCCCCAAUGUCAUAUCGCAAACGUAACUCUUCAGUUGCUCCUAAUGCGCGGGGCGACGGCGAUUCGAGCGGAGUAACAAAGGCACGUGCAAACACUUUCAUGGACAACAAUGAAUUGAGAAUUAAUCUCACCUCUGCCAAGGAAAAAAAAGAAGAUAACUCGAACUUAUAUAGUCCUUCGAAUGGUUUUCAUCUAACAGGUUUUGACGAAGUCUCUGAUUAGAAAUCAGUUACAACUUUGGACAAGAUAUACACAAAGCGCACUUUCGUUUAGAUACUUACAUAUGCAUUUCGAUAUACCAGUUUUCGAUUAUCGCGGGCUGGGCGCUUGUUAUGUAUCGAAAGCAACAAAUUUAAAAUGAAAUUUUCCAUUGUCAUUGUUGAAUAUAUUUUGUCGAUUGGUUUUCUUAUGUUUACGCCAAUAU